CAACAACCCUCAACUUGCAGUUGACCUCAUCUUUGCUUAUUUAAAUCCCCAGACAACAUUUGAUCAAGCAAGCAUAGAAAUGUCGAUGCUAGUCUAUUGCUCCGUCUGCCGUACUCCCCUCCAGCUGCCCCCGGGCGCCACGACCAUUUGCUGCGCUGACUGUCAUGCCACCACCCGCAUACCUGAAACUCGCACUGCCCCUCCUCCGUACCUUCCCUCGGCUUACAACAACUACUACCACGGCCAGAAGAAGGCAAUCAUAAUAGGGAUCUUAUAUAAGAACCAAGAAAGAGAGCUUAGAGGAUGCAUCAAUGAUGCUAACCAUAUGAAAGAUAUGCUCAUCCACAGCUUCAACUUCACCGAAUCCUCAAUCUUCAUGCUCACUGAGGAGGAAACUGAUCCCUGCAAAAUACCAACAAAACACAAUAUUAUGAAAGCCAUGUCUUGGCUCGUCGACGGUUGUAAAUUAGGGGACUCACUGGUAUUCUAUUUUUCGGGCCACGGGGAUCAGCAGUGGAACGACACUGGAGACGAGAUAGACAAUUACGACGAAACACUACUCCCUCUGGACCACAAAACACAGGGGCUAAUCGUCGACAAUGACAUCAAUGACAUAAUUGUGAAGCCUCUACCAGCCGGUGUGAAGCUGCACGCAAUAAUAGAUGCAUGUUGCAGCGGUACAAUGCUUGAUUUGCCGUAUCUUUGCAAAAUGGAAAGAAGUGGAAGGCACUCAUGGGAAGAUCAUAGUCCUCCAUCAGGCGCGUGGAAAGGCACAAGCGGAGGAGAAGUCAUAUCUAUCAGCGGUUGUGCGGAUCACCAAUAUUCUGAUGAUAACAUUGAUACAUCUGAGGCGAUGAAGCAUGCGGGAGAAAUGACAUGUGCAUUCAUACAAGCAAUAGAGAAGGGCCAAGGAGCUACCUAUGGGAGUCUCUUGAACGCGAUGAGGUCUACCAUCGCCACCCGUGAAAAGAAACAGGAACCACAGCUUACUUGUAAUCACAAAUUUGAUGUCGACAUGAAACCAUUUUCACUCUGAGGACUCAUGCAAAAUUUCCUUUAUUUAUCGAAUCCUUCUCUAAAUUAUCUUUUUACCAAUGUCUCCGACAUAAUUAAAGGCGAGUUCCAGCUAAUUGGAGACUUUACUCUGGCUAAAUUUGAGGCGAUGUUGGUAACUGAGUGCAGACUAGACAAUAGAUAUUUGGAUGUAUAACCCUUUGUUACACGGAUGUUGUUGGUUUCCAACCUUUUCAAUAGAUUAUUUGAAAACUAGUUAUAUUACCUUGUAAUUGUGUGAAACUACUGCCUAAAGGAUGCGCAAGUUUUUCUUUUAAAAAAUGUAAACCACAUUAUAUA